CCCUGCGCCCGGCUCUGCUGGCCCAGGAUGAUGUGGCAGUGCCACGUCUCGGCGGCCGGCUGCCGCUGCUACCGCCUGAAGGGCUUCUCCCUGCUCAAGCACCUCCCCCUCUCUGCAGGCGGGGCCUGUGGGCGUGUCCUGGACCAGCCCGUGGGCGAGUGGCUGGACGGCGUGGGCCUGCCCCAGUACGAGAGCAGGCUGCUGCUCAACGGCUUCGACGACCUGCGCUUCAUGGGCGGAGAUGUGAUGGAGGACCAAGACCUUCGUGAGAUUGGGAUCACUGACCCGGGACACAGAAAAAAGAUCUUGCAUGCAGCACGUGCCCUGCCCAAGGUGAAGGCCCUGGGCUAUGAUGGCAGCACCUCGCUAUCCUCCUGGCUGGACGGCCUCGGGCUGCAGGAGUACCUGCACAACUUCCUGUCUAGCGGCUACCGCACCCUGGACAGCGUGAAGAACCUGUGGGAGCUGGAAAUCGUUAAUGUGCUGAAGAUCGGGCUCCUGGGACACAGGAAGAGGAUCAUCGCCUCUCUGGCGGAGCGACCAUAUGAGGAAGCCCCCGCCAAACCCCCCCGCCUGUCUCAGAUCAGAAACGACCGGCAGCGGGAGACCCGGCUGACGCUGCGGCCGCCCAGCCACGCCGCGCCCUACGGCCCCACCCCCUCCUGGCAGCACCAGCCCGAGAAGCUCAUCUUCGAGUCCUGCGGCUACGAAGCUAGCUACCUGGGAUCGAUGCUCAUUAAGGACCUGAGAGGCACAGACUCCACCCAAGACGCCUGCGCCAAAAUGAGGGUACGCUGUCAGAGGUCAAUAGAGCAGAUGAGGAAGGUGCCCACCAUCAUCCUCUCCAUCACGUACAGAGGGGUGAAGUUCAUCGACGCAGGGGGUAAGAACGUGAUCGCGGAGCACGAGAUCCGGAACAUUUCCUGUGCGGCCCAGGACCCGGACGACCUCUGCACCUUCGCCUACAUCACCAAGGACCUGCAGAGCAACCGCCACUACUGCCACGUCUUCAGCACGGUGGACAUGAACCUGACCUAUGAGAUCAUCCUGACUCUGGGACAGGCAUUCGAGGUGGCCUAUCAGCUGGCCCUCCAGGCCCAGAGGACCAGGCAACAAGUGAUUUCGUCAGGCCCGGGGUCGGAGGUCAUCGAGACCCGGUCAAGCCGACCCAUGUCCAGCUCCCGUCGGUUGUCAGCGAGUGCACCUGUGCUGCAGAGCCGCUGUCAUGCGUGUUCGGCGCACCGACCCUCCUUCCUUCCGCUGCGCUCUCUCAGUCCUACAGUCCAGCUGGUGGACCCUAUGGAGCUUGAAGCAGAGACACAUUCCCUGGGCAGUGCCACGUGGCUGUCGGACCAGAGGGACUCUACCAAGCGCCCCAUCAACACCACCAAGUAUGAAACAACCAUAUUCUGAAGUUGGCCACGCCCCCCCCCCUCACCCCCCACUUUCCCUGUGCUCUGUGCCUUCUCACUGUGACUCCGCCUCCCCUCCAGGACUGGCCCCAAUCCCCCUCUCCUGCCCUCCGUGUGCUUCUGUACAGGGAGCUCCUCCCCUCUCGUCCAGCUGACCCUGUGAUGUCAUACCCUCAUGACUGCUGACGUUGCAGUCAUGGCCAGAGCGUGUUGCCCUCCUGUGCGCUAACUUCACUUUGCUGAAAGUAGUUCCGACGUCCAGGCAGUUAUUCCUCACUUCAUAGGUUUAAAAACCCUCUGUGAACUGAUGUUCUAAAAAUUUUUAUUUUAUUAUAUAGGCUUUGUGCCAUUAAUUUCUGUUUCUCAGACCUGCCCAAAAACUGCCUUGGAGGAUUUGUCCCUGUUUGUAGACACGGAUGUCUGAUUCAUUUUUUUGAAAAAUUCGUCGGCCACGUAGCACAUUUAAAACUUACUUACCUUCCAUGCAUUCAGCACAUAAGUACGUCUGUUUUUUACGCAUCAUCUCAACUGUGUCACUCGUGUUCUUUGUGUUCUUAUCAUGUCUGAACGUUAAUGUGUUGAUGCCAAAGCUGUAGUAUUCCUGAGCUUUUAAUCAGAUGCCCCUGUCCCGCGCAAAACACGAUGACAACGUGUCCCAAACCUCCUUGCGCCCCCUCCCCCCCCACCCCCAUUUCCUCACACUUCCUGAGGAAAUAACACCCCUCCUCUUUUUUGACAAUCCGGUCUUCCUCUCUUUCCACUCGUUCUUCUCACGUUUCUGUCCCUGGUGAUGAUGCAAUCAUGUUUCCAUUCUGAUACACUUCCUGUCUUACCAGGCGUCGCCCUCUCUGAAGAAGUGCUCUCUCUCUCUCUCUAUCGCCCUCUCUCUUUGCCGUUUGGUACUUACUGCCUGUAGUGCCCAGGCUGGGAUUUUCAAAAAAAUGCCAUUCGGCACAACGGAACUGAACAAUCACCCUGUUUUUGAAGAAAAAAAAUUUUUGUGUCUUUUUUUUUUUUUUUUUUUUUUGCAAACUGUUCCAGAAUCGGAGUGCAAAUGUUUGUCCCAUCCUCUUCCGGUGGAAUGUCUACUGGCUCCCACCGGGUCAAAAGCACUCUAUCUGUAGUUCGGAACUCUAUGGUCCAGUGGAGUGAACCUGCUUUUCCACAAGUAAGAAGAGCCAACCUUCAGCAUAGACUCCCACUUAUCUUCUCUGAUCUUGACUGAGUCGCAUGCAAUUGCAUCGGAGUACCUAAAAUGGAGUCCCCUCGCCCUAGAUACACUGCUCGUCGUACCUUACUUGAUCCGGUGCCAUUACACAGUCGUAGCCAGUGGCUUCAAAGUUCCAGACUUAUUUUUCCAAACACUGUGAUUUGAUUAUAGGUUGACAGUAAGAUGUGGGCACAUCCAGUUUAAUCUCUCUCUCCUGGUCCUGGUUUCUAAAUGAUCUUAGAAGGUUUGUGGCCAGUGGCUGUUAAACUGCAGUGUGUUAGGCUAACUGUACUUCCUCCCGAUUCUCUGACUGUUAGAUACUACACCAGGUUGUGGUCUUUAAUCGUAUUUGUUGAUGUAAAUGGUUUAGUUGGUUGGCAGACAUAGGUUGUAGUCAUUGUGCUUUGGCAUGCAGGCAGUACUUUACAGUUUUAUCCUAUUUCAGUUGCAGAAUUGAAAUAAUUGCGACAUGGCCUGUAGUGUUUUUGGACUUUUGUAGCCCACCUGGUGCAUGGUGUCUUAACUCGUGUGAUUUUUUUAAGGCAUUAGAUGACUUUUGAUUUUCUUCUUCCAUUCCAUUUCAUGUAUUUCACGUGUCAUAUUUUUUUUCUGUGGUGUCUUCCUCCUCUCCUGUGUUUUUAAAAAUGUAAAUGCAGUUUUACUAAUUGAUUUCAGUAGUCACUGAACUAAGGAAUCAAAGCUCAAAAAAAAGAGUUUAACUUAAAAUUUAAGACCAAUGAAUACUUGUCCUACUCAAAUGGUUCAAGGCAAUCAGUUUCCUCAAACCAUUUGAAUAAACUGAACUUAUUUUUGUUA